GGUGAAAUUGUUGUGAAACUGGCAUGAUAAAUUGAAGAUGUCAUUAAAGUCUAGAAUAUCGCUUUCUGAUAAGGUUGAAAAUGAGAUACACAAAAUUAAAGAUGACUUAAUUGGAGUUGAUGAGUCCAUUCGCCGCCUGUCUGGAAGUUUUACUUCUGGUACAGUCAGGCAUGAAGCUCGAAAGACUGCUCCACCCCAAAGGAAGGAUGAGCCACCUGCCAAGCGAAUGCAGAUGUCUGGAGGUGUAUUUGCAAGGCUAGGUGGCGUGGCUGAGGUGGGAGACUCCAGACGCUCUCAUUUGAACGGCACAGCAAACUCCAAACCUCGGAGACAGUCUCUGAUGAACGCUGAGGAUGAAGAGAACAGAGACAGCUCGCGUGUGCGCAGAGACUCUGUCAGGAUUGAAGGCAAUGUUGCCAGAGGCGCGGCUGGUCGAGUGCGGCCGUAUCCUUCUGAUGAUGAAAUGCCACCAGAGGAAGAGGAAGAGGGGCAGUCCAGUACCUCUCUUCCCAAGCCUGUUGUGGCGUCAAGCAUCAGCCGUGUUGUUGGCUCAAAUUCCAGGCUGGAGGCUGCCACCUUAGCUACCGCCGACAGGGCCUCCAGAGACAGGAAUCGCCGCAUGUUUGGAGCUCUUAUGGGCACGCUCGUGAGCUUCAAAAAAGAUGAAGCGAAGCUCAGAGACAAAGAGGAGCAACGAAUGGCUGUGGAGAAGAAGCUUGAGCAGAAAGGUUUGGAGGAGCAGGAAAGAAUGAAGAAUGAGAAGCGACGGCUGUUGCAUGAACGUCGCAUGAAGCUGCAGCGCAUGGAGCAACUCGCCGACCACGCCAACAGGGUCAAAGAGCACGAGAAGUGGGCAGACUAUCAGCUACAGCUGACACAUUUCAUCCGCACCAAGGCAUCGCCUCCUAUUUUCUGGCUGCCCAAGCAUCCUCUGCGUGCCACUGAUGACCUUAUCGACGCCACGUCGGAGGGAAUACAGCAGGAGGUGUCAUCGCGACGGAAGGCGCUGGAGCGGGAGCUUCGGGAGCUGACAGAAGGCCUCAACGAAAAACUUCACCCACGCAAAAAUGAUGAGUUGUCUGGCUCAGAAGAGGAGGGUGAACUAGAGUACAGUGAUGGUGAGGCAGGGAGGUCGGUGGUGAGGCGAGGUAAAGGUAAGGAAGUUGACUCGUUAGUGGACCGUUCAAUGGACGCUAGGGACAUGUUGCUUGACAGUAGGAGACAGAGAGCUAACGGUGAAGCACUGGACCGCAAGCGUAAGAGGAGUGAGAGUGAUGUGCUGUGUGGUAGAAUGGUGGUGCAGGUGGGUGGUGGUGAUCGUGUGGUGGCAGUGGUUGACAACAAUGGACCCCGUGGUGGUGAUACUGGUCUGCAAAGAAAACAGGAGGCGGCAUCUACUGGCAAUGUGAUGGGACUAAAGAUCAAAGUAGAGCGAGAAGGAGGUAAUUCUGUAAGAGAAAGUAGGAAAAUAACUAUCGAGAAGAAUGAUGGAAAAUCAACUCCUGAAAAAUCAAAUAAACGUAAACUUAAGGAAAGUUUUGCCAACGAUAUUGAUGAUGAGGUGAGUAUGAUGCGCAGGCGCAUUGUCGAAAAAGCGCGCAAACUUGUCAAGAGCGAAGGAAACGAAGAGGCUAGGAUUGUUCAAAAUGGCAAAGCUGUUGAUGAGAAGAAAGCUAGGAAACGUAGCUCCCAGGAGAAAGCAGAGGAAAUUCGAUCAGAGGGUGUUGUAACUUCUUCAGAAGUUGCAAAAGUUGUUAAAGAAGAGGCAGGAGAGGAUGGAGCUUCAAAAGGUAGUGAGAAAACAGAUGAUAAAUCUACUGAGACAAGUGCCGUUUCAGAAGCUAACGAAGAAGAAAACAACAAAGAUGCUGAAGGAGACUCGACCUUGGAUGAAAUCGGAGCUCAUGUGGAGGAAGAAAAUGUACUGAAAGUACACGUUGAAUCUGAAGCUUUGGGAAACGGAGAGAACGAAGAAGGUGCAGUGUCUAUUGACGAGCUACAAUUGACAGUAGAUCCUAAAGAUUCUCUGAUGAUGGAAGCUGCUGUUGAGAAAGAGAGUUCCACGCCUGUUGUACCCCCCAAAACAGAUAAACAUCGGAGAGAUCAACAGAAAAACCAACAUGGAUCUAGUAAGACCCAUCAAUCAACUACAACACGCAGUGACCGCGAUAAGAAUGCAAGUUCAAGCGAGACUCAGACCAGCAAGAAGCCACGUUUAGAUACAACAGCUCUCAAGCAAGAUUUGCUGGCCAUUGCACGUUCUAAUAAGGAAGUGGGUGAUGUGCGCCAUCGGAAGUCAACACAUGCAGCCAGUAGCGUAGAUUCAUCAGUGCAAAAGAAGUCCAGACGCGAGGAUGUUGAUGACAAUUUAGAUGAAAAUAAGAAGAGUUCAACGGUGGAUAGCGAGAAGCAUCAAGAAUUGUCGAAUCCUAAGCCCAAGAAAAUGGCCUUGUCGGAUAAUUUUCAAAUAACUGUUGUCAACCCAUCAGCUGAGAAGAAAAAAUCUAGUGUUACCGAGCCAGCAGCGUUGGAGGAAAGAAGCGAGAAGCGAAAGGAUCUUAAGCAGACAAGCAAGAAGAGUGGAAAAGCUAGAGAUGAAAAUGUGACUGACGAAGACCGGAACACUGUGCAAAUAAAAGAUAAUAAAUCCUCUGGCAGCUCAAACGAAAUUCGAAAGUCCAGUGAAAUUCAGGUUAAAUCUCGCAGAGAUGAAGGAAAGAAAAACAAACCAACACCGUCAGAUUCUGCCAUUAAAAGCAAAUCAAGUUCGGUGAAAAGUCGGCCAGUGCCCAAGGAGGUUGUGAAACAGAGCAGCAAGAGCAGCAGUCGCCGCAAGCCCACUCCUGUGGAAGAUGACAAACGAAGGAAACGAUCAAGUAAACGGGAUUCUUCCGAAGAGGAUACAGAUGAUUCAUCAGAUGAAGAUUCGUCGGAAUCCGAUUCUUCGUCUGACAGUAGUUCAGACUCAGAUUCUAGUGACGAAUCGGACCAGGAACCGCGGAAGACCUCGACGAAGAAAAGCUCAGGCUCCAGUACUUCGGGGCGUAGUAACCGUCACCGCGACGAGAAAAGUGAGAAGCUGAGCAGCGCAGGCAGGAAGGCAUCGAAGAAGUAGGUAGAUAUUUGAGUGAAUGUUAUGAAUGAUAGGAUGUGCUGACUAUUGCAAAAGCGUGUAUUUUUGCUCUGAAUAAUUUCAUUUGUUAAGUAUAAAAUGAAAUUUAAGUGACGUGACAGUAAUAAUUUCUAAAUUCUUAGGUUGUGUUGGUAAUUGCCGUUUUAAACAACGUAUUUGUUUAGCUGUAAAUAGAAUUAGCAUAUACGUUUCAUUUUGCGUGUGGACAUGCACUUGACUCGCAAGCUUGACUGACUACUCGCAUCAUCCGCCCCGGCCUCAUUGAAGUGUAUUCCUGGUGAGUCUUGAAGUCUGGGCAUUAUCUUGCUGUGCCGCCGUUCGUAGUCGUCGGGAUGUAAUGUGAAACUUCUUCGAACAGUUGUCGAGCGAUUGCUUCAAAGCUCAUGGACUUGUCUGCAUUCUAAAAAUAAAAUGAUUAUCGAGUAUGUUCGCGCCAUCUAACAUUAAUCACUUCACGGGAAGGCACGCCAGAUUCAGUGUGUCGUGAACGAGUCAUUUACAAAAUUAAACUUUGAUAAUUCUAUUGUUUUCAUGCCUCAUACUCUAGUAUUAAAGAUUUUUUCUUGAAGAGAUGUACAGUAAAUAACGGACAGAUGACAAUUAGCAUAACUGAGAGUAGUUAAUGGAUGUCGUCGAUUGUCGUGUUUUCGUGUGAGGUACAAAAUAAAAGUUUCAUUUA